UCAAGGACAUAAGAAGGAGAAAACCAGGCCAUGGGCAAUGGCUCUCCAAGUCUCCGCGAAAUGCGCAAGCUCGUUACCCCUCCAUCGCUGUCAACCCUUAUAGCCGAGUCGCUAACAUUCUUUCGCGUCUCUGUCACCUAAACUGUCUGAACUCUAAAGCUUUCCCAUGCUUUUCCAUUUCUAGGAAUCUGUUCCACUGCUUCUCUCCUAUUUUAGGGUUUCAGCUUCACUUUCUCUAUUAUGGCUGGAAACCGAUGGCCCCCGGAAGAUGCCGAAAUUUCUCACGCGCGAGUUCCGAGCACAGCCGAUCUCAUAUCUGAUGAUGAUCGUUCUGUUGCUGCAGAUUCUUGGUCAAUAAAGAGCGAUUACGGAAGCACUUUGGACGAUGAGCAGAGACACGUCGAUGCCUCUGAUGCACUUUCCUCCGGCAACUUCCGUGCAGCAUCCGAUUACAGUUCGGACAAGGAAGAACCAGAUGUUGAAGUGGAGCCAUCAUUGUUGGGUCUUCAGAGCUAUUGGGAUGCCACAUAUGCAGAUGAAUUGGCGAAUUUUCAUGAACAUGGUCAUGCUGGUGAAAUCUGGUUUGGAGCUGAAGUCAUGGACGUUGUUGCAUCUUGGACCAAAAAUUUGUGUAUAGACAUUGCUCAAGGCCGCGUACAAAAUCUUGUUAAUGAUGUUGGGUCUGAAUCAGCUGAACAGGCCGCCAAAGAUUUGUCUGGCUGGAGUAUACUCGAUGUUGGAACUGGGAAUGGUUUGCUUCUUCAAGAACUUGCAAAGCAAGGGUUCUCUGAUCUGACUGGAACUGAUUAUAGUGAGGGCGCAAUUGGCCUUGCUCAAAGCCUUGCUGAUCGGGGUGGAUUCACAAAUAUAAAAUUUUUGGUUGAUGAUGUCCUUGAGACAAAAUUGGAGAGGCAGUUCCAACUUGUUAUGGAUAAGGGGACUUUAGAUGCUAUUGGAUUGCAUCCUGAUGGCCCUAUCAAAAGGUUGAUGUAUUGGGAUUCAGUCUCAAGGUUGGUUGCAUCUGGAGGAAUAUUGGUGAUUACAUCCUGUAACAGUACAAAAGAUGAGUUGAUGCAAGAGGUGGACAACUUCAACCAGAGAAGGCUAGCAGCCUCCCAGGACCCUGAGACCCCCAAGGACCAAGAAGUGUGCAGGGAUCUUACUUUCCAAUAUGUCAGCCAUGUUCGGUCAUAUCCAACAUUCGCGUUUGGAGGAUCAGAGGGGUCACGUGUUGCUACUGUUGCAUUUCUCCGAAGUUGAAAAAACUUCCUUCUGUGGAGGAGCAGGCUGCUAGCUCUAACCAAAGUAUGCUGUCAAGGUAAAUUGGCUUCGGGUGUUUUCUGUUUGCAAGAGGCGCUGUUGUUGGUUGACGCAAGGUAAAAGUUAUUACGAUGCUCGAAACUGUAUCUGCAAUGACCAAAAAAUAUGGAGAUUACUGACCUAUAGAAUAGUUAAUAGUCGUUUCUUUUGAGCUUCUAGUUUCUUAGAAAAUACUGUAUCACCUUGGAUAAGUAGGAGGGAAAAUUUCGGCUGUAUCUAAUGUUAUGGAAUUGUUCUCUUUAUGCGAAGUCCAAGUAGUGUAUUGUAGCUGACAAUGUAUGUCAUCCUUCCUGCUGAGUUUCAUGUCUCUUGUUGCAUGUUUAGGCAGUUUUGAAGUUUUGACUUCAA